AUGGCUGACCAGCUAGAUUCGCUUCCAGAUUCAUUUUUAAAAGAUGAAAAUGAAAAAAAUCCUGGUUCGUAUGAUGAAUUGCACAGAAAGUGCAAAGAAUUGUUCCCGGUCUGUUUUGAAGGAGCGAAAGGAAUGGUUCAGAAACCGUUGAGUCAGCGUUUUCAAAUUUCUCAUAGUAUGAGCAUUUCUCAAGCGGCCACAGGUUAUCGUUUGGGAGCUACUUAUGUUGGCACUAAACUAACUGGUCCAGGCGAGGCAUUUCCUGUUUUGUUGGGUGAUAUGGAUUUGUUUGGGAAUACUGCUGGGACUAUUAUUCAUCAAAUUGGACGAUAUCGGAUGAAGUUACAAGGACAAGUUCAAAUGAGUAAAUUAGCUGCUGCACAAGUUUCACUUGAACGGCGUGGACGCCUUUCAACGAUCGGAAUGACUUUGGCAAAUUUAAAUCCAUUUAAUGGUAAUGGCGUUUUUGUUGCCCAAUAUCUUCGAAGGCUGACUGAACGAUUAGAUUUGGGUGCUGAAUUUGUUUAUCAGAAGGAUCCGAGAAUGCCAGGAGGCCAAAUCAGCGCCCUUUCUUAUGCUGCUCGUUAUACUAUGCCUGAUUAUAUAUUUUCUGGAUCGACAGCACUUAAUUCUGCUACAGCUUCUUUUACUACAGCUCAUUUAUGUUAUUACCAUAAACAGAGUGAUCAUUUGCAAUUUGGUGUUGAAUUGGAAGCGAAUUUUCGUAUGCAGGAUGUAAAUACGACAUUUGCUUAUCAAAUAGAAAUUCCCGAUUCAAUAAUUUUACGUGCUUGUUGUGAUACAAAUUGGACUGUUGGAGCUGUUUUAGAAAAGAAAUUAUCAAAACAAUUUCCUUUUACUUUAGCCUUAAGUGGAAUGCUCAAUCAUGUUAAAUCACAGGGAAGAUUUGGAAUUGGAUUAAUUGUUGAAUUCCUCUCUAUAGAAUAUUUGACGCUGCCACUAAAAAUCUCAAUCUUGAAGGAUUUGUGGCAUUUCUCUCUCCGAUUGGAUUAAUUGUUGGUUGUAAAUCAUUUUGGACAUCCAAAUGAUUUUGGAUCUUUUUGAUCUAAAUUUUUCCAAACUGACAUCCCAAACUGUCAGUCAAAACUGUGUUGUACUUUUUUGUCCCCUAAGCGAUCCUAAUUUUUGCA